CUAUAAUCGCGUAAGCGGUGUCUACGCCAAUCAAGAAGAAGAACACAACCUUCUUAAUAUUCGCUCUUCUAAAAUAGAAAUGAAAACUGCGCUGACAAACUGCUGAAGUGACAGCUUAUUGCUUACAAUAUAUGGCAAACUAAUUAGUAUUCCAUAUAUUGUAAGCAAUAAGGAAUAUGGAGCCCCCACAAGCAAUAGACGCGCAAUACCGUUAGUAAGACAUAGAUUUUAUCCUGUCGAGAUGCCUCGUAAAGGCAAAGCUUUUAUUUGUGUGGAGUUAUGCCUGAAUUACAUGUGGAGAAUUCUGCGUGCAGAAAAAAAGUUUGUACUGAUUUGACAGUUCAAAUUCUGCUCCUCAAYCUGCACGGCAUGUGAAAUUUGAAUUUCUCUGCGCAGAGGCAGUGCUGACAACAUUCAAAUAAUUAAUAUUUGAGCAAAGUCCGGCAACAUUUUAAAUUGCGUUCAGCUGUUCAGUGAAAAUAAACAAAAGAUAUAAAAAAUGGAAGAAAAAUUGAUUGAAUUUGUUAGCGAAAACCGGUACCUAUAUGACAAAAGUUAUAGGAAUUAUAAAAAUAGCUACCUGAGGGACGCCAAAUUUCAGGAGCUAUCGGAGAAAUUGCAUAUUCCAGGUGAGAAUCUAAAGGCCCGUUGGCUUACCCUACGAGAUAAAUUUUACAAAGACUUAAAAAAGAGACCAUCAGGAAGCGGCGUGUAUUCGCCACACAAAAAGUGGAAGUGGAUGGAGAGCCUAAAGUUUUUAAAGGACGUUGAAAUGGACAACUUGAACACACAAGGCAAUUAUGGCACCGUAACGACAGAAGGUGACGACUCCUUCUUCAGCGACUUUGGUGAAUCCGCCUGUAGCAGUGUCAAUUUAAAUACACACAAUUCUCAAUCAGCGCAGACGCAGACGCCGACACAGACACAGACUGGACGGAAACGUAAAAUUGAGGAAUUACUUGAAAGAUCGAAUAGAGACUUUGAAAGAGUGACGUCGUUAGCCGAGGAAAUAUUGGUCGGUGGCAGGAAGAGAUUCGCAAUUCAAUUAUUUUUUUAAAGCCUUGCCAAGCAGGCGGAGGGAGCUAGUUUAAACAAUCUGGAAAUGUCGGAGUUACAACUCCAAUUUCUCAAACAUUCCACCAAUUUUUUGUGAAUCGUAGAAAAUAAGUCUUUCAUUAACAUCUUUUAUAAUAUUUAUCAUUUUAAAUAAAAGCCCAUUCAUUUCAAA